CAAUAAGUUAUUAUCCAUGCAUUGGCCUGUUCUACUCACUUGGUAUUAUAUAAAGCAAAAUGCUAGUUAUUUGUUCUCAAGCAAACACUCUUUAAGUUUACUGCUUUCUUCUCUAUUGCUGUGGUGUCCAAGCGUCUUACAACGAUUAUUCUUUCCUCAUAAAUCUCUUUCGAAAUGGCGGCUGUUUGGGUAGUCUUGGUGGUGCUAGCGGCGGCUUUUGCUGUUGGGGUCUUUGCCAGCGAUCCUGAUAUGCUUCAAGAUGUUUGUGUUGCUGAUCGUACAUCUGGAAUAUUAGUGAAUGGAUUCACAUGUAAAAAUAUGACCAUGAUAACCCCUGAAGACUUCUUCUUCACCGGAAUUUCACAACCAGGCCAAAUCACAAAUAAAAUCCUUGGUUCUCGAGUCACCGGAGCGAAUGUGCAGGACAUCCCUGGUCUCAACACCUUGGGAGUCUCGAUGGCUCGUGUCGACUUUACUCCCUACGGUCUAAACCCACCUCACAUACACCCUCGUGCCACUGAAAUGAUCUAUGUUCUUAAGGGUGAAUUGUACGUUGGUUUUAUAACGACCGACAAUAAGCUCAUUUCCAAGGUUGUUAAAGCUGGAGAAGUAUUUGUUUUCCCUAGAGGUUUGGCUCACUUUCAGAAAAACAUGUUGAAAUAUCCAGCUGCUGCAUUAGCUGCCUUCAACAGCCAACUUCCAGGCACUCAACAAUUUGCAGCUGCUCUCUUUACUUCCAAUCCUCCUGUGUCUAAUGAUGUGUUGGCUCAGGCUUUUAACAUUGACGAACACAAUGUCAAAAAGAUUAGGGCUGGCCUUACUCCAUAGACGUAUGUGUAUCUUCUUAUGGAUAUUAACUUAUAAGUACAAAAGAUGUUGAUUAGUAAAUAAUAUUGGCAUAAGAUUGUUGAGAUUGAAGUUCAUUGGAUUUAAUGUCUUUUUCAUUUUUUAAGUUCA